AUGAAUGAUUCGUACAACCGUGUUGGACGUUCCCUGACAUCAUAUACACUAGACCAGUUGUGUGAAUCUGCAUCCCGAUUGUCACGCAGUCGCUAUCAUGGAUUACGAAGUACCCAUUCAGUUCAAGUUCCUCAUGUGGACACUCCGAACCCAAUCCGACGAGCUGCAACAUUGGAAGGUAGGACAAGGUAUAUUUGCAUCACUCCGAGCAGCACGCGAGAAAGUUGGCUCAAACGAGCUCAAAGUCCUUCAGUCAGUUCUAGUCCAUCAAAUGUGACCGAUGCGGUGUCCACACAAUUUCCCAACUCACAUUCCGACGGAGCGCUGAUGAAACGACUUGCUCCGGGGACGGAAACCGGACAAUCUGUUAAAUCUAAGUCUCCCUAUCGAACACGAUUUGCACGACGAAUAUACACUUCAACCACACCGGGUCAAAGUGAAAAUGGUGAUCUGUCUCGUUCCCAGUCCAAUGAACUGCGUGACAGUUUGCAAGCAGUUAAUCGGAGCAUAAGCCCCGGACCAAAACGGUUGCAGCCACAAUCGGCUACGAGUGACACCCCGCCGACAAAACAUAUAUCGCGACCGGCCAUUCCUAAUUUGGGAAAAGGGGCGGAUACUAGAGGAAUUAGUAGUGUAUCAGUGCCCAGUGAAACACAGGUUCCAAUGCAAAUGCGAUCAUCCAAAUCGACUCAAUUUGAACCGGUUUCGGCUGAUGCAAAACCCGUAGUAUCGCAAAAAGCACAUCCUGCGGAGAAAGCUGAAGUGAAAAUGAAACUAGAGGAUAAAACCAAAUUACAACCAACUAAGUCGGAUUCUAAUCCACGAAAGUCCAAAAGCACUCGGAAGCCAAGAUUAAUGUUUACCCGUGCACUGUUAGAAGAAUCGUCUGUUUCUCCGAUAAUCAAAGUGAGUUCACCAUAUGCAGUUUGUCUGGUAGCAUGA